AUGAAAAAGGAAGUAGAAAAGGCAAUAGAAUUAACGAAAGAAGCAAUUGAUCUGGAUAAUAGAAAGGAAUACAAGAGAUCACUAGAUAUGUACAUUAGAGCUUUGCAACAGUGGUCAAUGAUUUGCAAAUGUAAUUUUCUUGAUUUAUUAUUUUUUUUAGGUGAAACAGAUACGAACUUGAGAGACAAGUAUUUCAAUAAAAUGAAACAGUACCUUGAAAGAGCCGAGAACAUCAAAUCAUACCUAAAUACCACCAGCUCGAAUCAAGUUCCUGCUAAACAUAAAUCUGAUUCCACAACUACCCAUGAUAAUGAGUAUUUUAAUGAAUUUGAGUCUCUAAUUAAUAAAAAUUCCAACGAAAUACAAUGGGACGACAUCGUUGGCCAUGAUGGUGUAAAAAUCAUACUUAAAGAGUCCAUUCUACUACCUAUGAAGUUCCCAAAAUUAUUCUCCAAUAAGAAUAUUAUAAAUUAUAACUGUAUUUUACUGUAUGGGCCUCCUGGAACUGGUAAAACUUACCUUGCCAACGCCCUGUCAAAUGAGUUCAAAUAUCACUUUCUGUCAAUUUCGAGUAGUAACAUUCUUAGCAAGUACUACGGAGAAAGCGAGAGAUACAUUAGGAACUUGUUUAACUUUUGCAUAUUAAAAAGCCCUUGCGUGCUGUUUAUCGACGAAAUCGACUCCAUUUGCAACACUCGCAAUGUCAACCAACAUGAAGCAACAAAUCGGAUAAAAACUGAAUUUAUGAUUCAGAUAAAUCGUAAGAUGACUGCAAGUAAUGUGAAAUUAGGUCUAAAUAAUGAAGGCAAUGUUCUAUUACUGGGAUCCACCAAUUUACCCUGGUUACUGGAUAACGCUAUAAUUCGGAGAUUUGAAAAAAGAAUUUACAUUCCCCUGCCAAACCAAAAUAACAGAUUUGACCUCAUAAAGAAACUAUUUACAAACGUAAAGCACACCUUGACUGACUCUGACUUUCUUUACAUGGCUGAAAACACUAACAACUUUAAUUGUUAUGACAUCAAUAUUUUGGUUAAGGAAAUAGUUCUUUACGCACUGAAGAAGUACAAUAACAACGAAAGCCUUCUGAACAUCAGCGAGAACGACUUAAUCAUACCAUCCAUUAACAUUGAGGAUGCGAUGGAAGUUUUGAAGGACUUUAGGCCCUCUGUCGUUGUGGACGACAUUAAACUUUAUGAGCAGUGGACACAGCAUCACGGCACUCAGCUUUAA